UACUUCCAUUUCAUUACUGGCGCCUGGAGAGCAAAUAACAACGGAAGACUUCAUCGAGCCCCUCGCACCGCUCACAAAAAGAAUAUUACAGAAAAAAAAAAAAACAAAAAUUGGUAAAGAUAAUGAAUGCUGCAGUGUCUUUUAUAGGAGGAACCAACGGCAACAAGAAAGGCUUGUCGGCAAUUCUAGCAGCUAAUCCAGGAGACCUUAAGCUCCGAGCAUCGCUUUCAGACACCAAUUUUUCCGAUGGCUCCACAUUGAACUUUGAUGACUUGUUCCUGUCAGUUGAGAAGCCUGGUUCUUUCAUCAUCGACUUUGACAUCCCCGAAAAGGAUGUUCAGUUUCAGUUCAUGAACACUUUUAAGUUGGAGGGAAAACAGAUAAAUUGGAGUUACACACACAUGAGGAACGACCAUCGGACAGUAUUGGAUGGGACCUUGGUGUUUGAUACAGCCAACAAGUUAUCUGCAAGGCAUGAGCUCGGGUCUUUUAAUUGCAAAUUGAAGUACAGUUAUGUGCAUAGAGGGUUGACAACGUUUGAGCCUUGCUAUGAUUUGGAAAAGAAAUCUUGGGACUUAGCAGUGUCAAGGAGAAUUCUCGGUGGUGAUUUAAUUAAAGCUAACUAUGAGACAUUGAGUCAGGUUUUGGGUGUGGAGUGGUCGUGUAGCUCAUUAGUCAAUGAAGAUGGAAGAGUUAAGGUAACUUUUCAAAAAUUGACAACAUUGUUGAUUUCACUCCGGUCAAAAGAAAAAUGGUUUCUUUUCCUUCAUUAAAUUGUUUCAGCAUCUUUCAAUCUGGCUGAGGGCUUCCACACGCCAAAACUAAGUGUUCAGAGUAUGUGGAACUUUCAGGCAUAGUCUCUCUGUAAUCGGUAAAACAGGUUAGUUUAUAUGCAGUAUGCUUUAAGCUAAAACUGGGCAGCCCUAGAAGUGUUGUUUGCUGGUCUCCAGCUUCUCAUAUUUGAACUAUGGUGUGAAUAUCGAAUAUGGAUUUGCGCCCAACAUGGAUAUAUUCAGUCUUCUAAAGUUUUUUUCCUUUUCUUUUUUCUACUAUUGUAUUUAGUGGGUUCUUGGAGGAUCAUAUUGUUACAUCCAUGUUUAGAGAAGAGUUGGAUAGUGGAAACAGGUGUUGGUAGUAGAAUUUAUAGAAAAAUGAAGAGUCAGAGAAAUAUACCUAACCAAGGUGGUUUUUCAUCCCAUAUGUACAUGUUCUCAAUCUAAUGCAAUCCUAAAAUUGAUGGAA